ACCUCGCUGAGUGGCACUUGGGCCCGGCAGAUUUAAAUCGAUAAACAGGAACAGCUACUAGGCCGAGUGCGGAAUUCAAUUCAGAGAAACAAGCAAUUCAGCGCUAACUGCCAGCGCUUGAUGAAAACACAGCCACGGACAGUCUAAUGACGUGAACGGGGACGACGGCACACAUCCCUUUUGUUAUUGUGUGCUUUCUGUUUGUUUGUUAUUAAAAGUUUGGAAAUGUUGCUCCGGUCUAGAAAGAUCAACGCCCGACAACCAAGGCAGCCAACAAAGGCGCCGACUACACCCCGCACACCGCGUACCCCUCGCCGGGCGACCGAGAGCCUGAGCAAGACGCCCCGGUCCACGAAAAGAGGCAGGAAGGCGUCUAAGGAUGGUGAUGAUGAUGAUCUGUCUGGCCCGGUGUGGCAGGACUGUGAAGACAUCGCUCAGUCUGCCAAGAAGAGCGCCACCAUGCAGACAAGGAGCCGUCUGAAAGCAGAGAAGGAGGGCGAUGACAAUGAAGAGUUUCAAACUCCACUGCGAGGACGGCAGUUGCGGGUGAGGUUUGAGAUGAAUGAAGAUUCCCCAAGGAACGCUGUUCGGAAAAUCUACUCUCCUAUCGCCCGCUUCUUAACCCUGUCACAGGGAGAUGACAAGACACCACAGCGUCAACGGACCAAGACUCGGAACCAGAACCGGGUCGAGAUGGAAUCCAACUGCUUCAGCCCAGUUCUCGGGAAUGAGGAGGACAAUGAGGUUUUCAACCCAUACACCUUCAUAAAAAACAUCCCAUCCCAAGUAGGACAGUACAAAAUCCGGGAUAUCCCACUGAAGACAAGGAGCAUCCCCGAAAGCACGCUGGUUCUGGAUCUGGAAGAGACUUUAGUCUACAGCUCCCUGAAUGUAAUUGAGAAUGCAGAACACACUUUUCUCACCCACUUCCAGGAUCAGCAGUAUAAGGUCUACUUGAAUAUGAGGCCCUAUGUGCAAGAGUUUUUAGAAAGGAUGUCCAGAGUAUAUGAAAUAUUUGUCUACACAUCUGCUAAAAAGGAGUAUGCGGAUGAGAUUUUAGACUUGGUGGACCCUCAAAAAAAGCUAGUUCGACACCGCUUGUACCAAGAAGACUGUUUCUGUGUGCAGGGGCACUACAUCAAAGACCUUGCAGUGCUGAAGCGGGACCUGGCCAAGGCUGUCAUUGUGGGUAAUACCCCCUACACCUUCCCUUACCAGCUGAUGAACAUGAUCCCAAUCCCCAGCUGGUAUGGAAACAAAGCAGACCAAGAGCUACAGAAGCUGAUUCCUGACUUGGAAAAGCUGUCUGAAAUGGAUGAUUUUCAGGUCGUGUUGAAGAGGAGAGCGGAUCAGUUGCACAGACUGCUAUCUGAAGAUUGACGACCUCGUGAAUAUUAAUAAAAUCCUUUAGUAGCCGGCAAAUAUAUAAUUCUCCUUUUUAAAUCUUAAUCUGUUUUCGGGCACCUUGUCUCACAUUCCCUUGACUGCUGUUGAGUUUAGGGUGGUCUCCAUCAAGGUAGUUUUGAGACACCGUUUUAGAUGAGCUGUAGGUUCAGAUUGUUUAUAAUCUUCAAAUAAGAAUCUUGCCAACACAGGGCUUUUCUAUACUUUGCAGGUUCUAGUAGUCGUCUCUUGUGUAGAACCAUAAUUCUGGCACACAUGUAGAGGAGUUUAAAUCCGUUAUCCACAAAGAAUUAUAGCAACCCGGAAUCAGAUAUAAAUUGAGAGGCAUGCUGGGGAUGAAGAAAAGAUAAUUUAACAAAAAAAGUAGUUAGUGUAGCCUUUGGUUACUAUAAAGAACAGAAAAAUGCCUUUCCAGGAAAGCUGUAAUAUACUGUAUAUAAUGUGUGAUGUGAUUUGCUUUUGUCACCUGUAUGUGUCCUUUUUGUUUGUAAUGCUAGAGCACAGAGUUGCAUGCUUUGCAUUUGUUUGCCUACAGUUUACACCUGUUGGAACACUGAGGCAUCACAUUCCUGUGGCUCUCACUGGGUGUCGCCCUCUGGUGGACUUGGCAGGCAGUGACUUUGCCUGCGAGAGUGCAUAUGUAAAGUUACAGUUUCUAAACAUUUUAUUAUUUUAUAUUAACCUAUCUUUUUUUUUUAUUAUUAUUAUUAUUUUUUAAAAGAAUAUAAAAAAACCCUAAUCUUUGACAGAAGUCUAGUUUUCAAUGAUGGUCAUUUCUGAAGGCUAAGUUGUGUUUUUUUUUUGUUUUGUUUUUUCUAUAGCAGUUUUAAAAUGACAUUGGCUAAUUUAAAUAUGCUUUCUAAUAUAUUCCACACAUUGUUUUUUUGUUUCUCUGUCAAUUUUGGUUUUGAUUUAAAUUGUUUUCCCUCCAACAUGUGCUCGACACAACUCCUGAAUUUGUUUUUUAUCCUGAUAAAUAAAAUAAUUAUUACUA